CCCAGGAGGCGACAUGUCCAAGGGGAAGGUUAUUGCAACCAGAGCCCUAUAUGGAUACCAGCGCCCCAAGGAUCGCGAGCCCCGAACCUGCAUCCGAUACAAGUGUACGCUCAUUAACACCAUCGCAGAUGUGCUGAGGCAGAGGCCAGGCUGGACAGAAGUGAAGGAUGAUGGCGAAUGGGACUUUUAUUGGUGUGAAGUCGGUUGGCUGCGGGAAAACUUCGACCAUAUUUACCUGGAGGAACAUGUGCGCAUCUGUCACUUCCGCAACCACUAUGAGCUGACCCGCAAAAACUUCAUGGUGAAAAAUCUGAAACGUUUCAGGAAGCUGCUCGAGAGGGAGUUGGGGAGACUGGAGGCAGCAAAAUGCGACUUCUAUCCAAAGACAUUCGAGCUGCCAUCGGAGUAUCACCUGUUUGUUGAGGAAUUUCGCAGAAAUCCUGGAAUCACCUGGAUCAUGAAGCCUGUGGCGAGGUCACAAGGGAAGGGGAUUUUCCUGUUCCGGAAACUGAAGGACAUCAUGGACUGGAAGAAGGAUGGGAGUCGUGCUGACGACCAAAAAGACGAAAUCCCAGUGGAAAAUUAUGUGGCUCAACGUUAUGUAGAAAAUCCAUAUUUAAUCGGAGGAAGAAAAUUUGAUCUUCGUGUUUAUGUCCUUGUUACUUCGUACAUUCCUCUGCGAGCUUGGCUGUACCGAGACGGCUUUGCACGAUUCUCCAUCACCCGCUACACUCUAAGCAGCAUUGAUGACCAGUAUAUACAUUUGACCAAUGUGGCUGUGCAGAAAACUGCGCCCGACUAUGACCCAGAGAAGGGCUGUAAAUGGAUGAUUCAACAGCUGCGCCACUACCUGACCAGCAAACAUGGCCCAGAAGCAGUGGAGACCCUCUUCCAAAACAUGGAUAACAUCUUCAUCAAGACCCUGCAGAGCGUCCAGAAGAUCAUCAUCAAUGACAAGCAUUGCUUUGAACUCUACGGCUAUGACAUCCUACUUGAUGAAGACCUUAAACCGUGGCUCCUGGAAGUCAAUGCCUCACCUUCUCUUACCGCCAGCAGCCAAGAGGACUUCGAGCUCAAGAGUCGCCUCUUGGAAGACACCCUGAAUGUGGUAGACAUGGAGGGCAGAUUAACCGGGAAGGAGAAGAGAGUCGGAGGAUUCGAUCUAAUGUGGAACGACGGGCCUGUGUCACGUGACGAUGGACAACAAGAUGCCCUCAGCAAUGGAAACUUUGUAGCCAACACACACUUAGGCUGUGUCAAUGACAGGAAGAAAAAUCUCAGACAGAUACUGAAAUCUACGCACACUAAGAAAUUGUAGCUAACCGAAGACCUUCCUCUGUAC